AUGGAUGCAGAGAUGAUGGCAACACAGAGAGAACAAGACACUGCUGAAUAUCUUGAAAAACACAAAAUAAUUGAACUCAUGGACAAUAUGACCAGCAUGCUCUUCUUUUACAGGCCUGAUAAACCCAGAGAGUUUCUUAUUGAGCAGCUGGAACAGCUGAAGAGUUCCAAACGGAGUGGUAUGAAAGGGCCAAAUUUGUUUGACGACUCCAACCUGAACGCAGUCUUCGGAAUACUGGACCCCACUAAUCAGAACUACAUCACUUUUGCACAAUACAAGCAAGCACUGCUCACACUGGGCAUUAAGGACAUCAAUGAAUGUCCUGAAGGUGUCGGUGAAGACCGAAUAUCCAACAAGACAUUCAAAACAGAAGCGUAA